GUCCAAGGUUUGGACAGUCUGGGUCUAAGAUUAUUAUUAAUACCACAGCCGAAUUUAACUCUCAAACCCUUAUACGGUAAUUGAAACGUUGCUUGUUUCCAGGUUGCCAAAUCCUGACUUUUACAAGAUACGUUCUUAUACCUUAUACCUAAAGAGGUCAUUAUGUUGCUUCAACUACCCAUAUCUUAGCUGCAGAACUUGUAGCGAUAUAGGUUGGAUGCCCCUGUCAUGGCUUUACCGGCGCCAGAGAGGCAGCACCCAGGGACGUCGCUUCCUCACAAUGGAUUGACGCAAGGCGUCCUCCUCCCUCCCCUCCCUCCCCACCCCACCUCCGCCCCCUCCCCGCCCCAUGCGGCCUCAAGCCCCCCCUACCUCCACCCCACUCUCCCCCCAGCCCCCAGCCCCCCCAAUGGCUCCUCCCGCUCCGCCUCCCCCUCCCUCCAGCCCCACUUCCCCCCACCAGCAGCAGCGGGCGGAGCAGGGGAGGCGGCACCAGGAAGACGCAGCCCAGGUGCGAGAAGUAGACGUGGGGGUAGAGGCGGCGGUGGAGGCAGAGGUGGCGGUGGUGGUGCCGGCAGCGCGAGUGAAGAAACCCUAGCAGCAGCCGCAGCAGCAGAGGGGAGUGCUGGUGAUGUGGGUCGUCAUGAAGCAGGUGGUGAUGACGGGACCGGCAGUAGGAAAGGCGAGCAGCAGCAGCAGGUGCAGGAAGGACAGCAGCAGCGGCAAGACAGGCGACGUCAGGGAUGCCGACAGAAGAAACAAAGUGAUGCUGAUCAGACGGAUAAACCUUAUCAUCAUAAUAAUAACCAACAGCAGAAGAAGCAGGAUCAAGAACAGCAGGAGCAGCAGGAUGAGCAGCAGCAGCAGCGGCAAAGGCAACGUCGCAGCAAGUCGCCCAGCCACCCACACCAUGUCCAUCUUACCUCCCCUGACAGCCCGCCACAGCCUACCCCGCAGUCCCCACAACCCAACCCCCACCCUCACUCCCACUCCUCCCACCCCCACCCCCUCCACGCCCCCUUCUACCACACCCACCUGCAGCCCCUCCGCCCCCCCCACCACUUCACUCAACCCCACCUGCACCGCCCGCACUACCACUUCCAUCCCGGCGCGCUCGUUCCCCUCCACCCACCCCCCUCCUUCCUCUCUUCCUCCCCCUUCCUCCCACACUCCUCUCCCGCCACAGCUAGCGCAGCCCUCUUCCCCGCCACAGCCGCCUUCUCCUCCCACCUGCCCUUCGCGCCGUUCGCCGCCAAUGCGGCCGCCAGCACCGCCCUCAACGCAGCAGCCCAGCAGCAACAACAACAACUCCUAUUCCAACAGCAGCAGCAGCAACAACAUCAGUCCGGCAGCAAUUCCGCGCCCGGUUCGCCUUUCUUCCCACUGCACCAGCCGCCUCCGCAAUCCCUGCUCCGACUGCAGCAGCAACAACAGCUCCUACUUCAACAGCAGCAGCAGCAACAAGCGGCGCUGCUGCAGCAGCAAAGCGAGCAGGAGCAGCUGCUGUUGCUGCAGCAGCAGCAGCCCUUCAACACGGCCCAGCAGGCGGCGCUCCGCAAGGCCGUUCAACGCGACAUCGCCAAGCUCAUGUCGGGAUGCAAGGCCUACACGCAGUACGUGGCGGCGAGGGACGCAGCGGCGGCAGCCGGCAAGGGCGGCGAGGAGGGAGCGGCAGCGGCUCUGCUGGGAGGGCGGAGGGCGAUGUCUGCGGAGGCGCUUGCGCAGCUGGCUAGGCCCAAGCUGAGGCCGGGGUCCCGGGCGGAUCAGGAGUCGCUGGUGGACAUCCCCGACCCGGUGGAGUGGGCUCGCUGGAAGACGGAGCAGCUGGCCAUCUGCCGCCUCACGGAGGAGCGGCGGCAGGCGGAGCUGGCGGAGGAGAAGCGGCAGGCGGAGUCGCAGCUGGCAGUGUACAGGCAGAAGAAACAGGAGGCCAAGCAGGCCAAGGCGGCUGCCAAGGUACGGCAGGCGGUCGUCGAGGAGCAGUACGGCAAGUGCAUGUCGUCGUACCUCAACCGCAAGGGCGCGCUGGACCUGGAGGAGUACAAGCAGCGGCGGGAGGAGGAGCGGGAGAGGCUGGCACUGGCACGUGGCAGGGCGGUGAAAGGCUUUGCGGCGCAUCAGUAUUGAGGAGGAGGAGGUGGUUGUGGUGGUUGUGGUGGUGGUGGUGGGGGGGGUGGGGGUGCCGGGGAGAAGACCGGAGGUGUAGAUUGGUGUGUGAGAGUGUUUGAGGUUUUAGGAGUAUUAGGAUAGACGGCACGUUAGGGGCUGUGGGUGAGGAGGAGGGAGGAAGGCCUGGACAUGGGCUGGAGGGUUGGUUGGGUAAAUAGCGCCGCGAAACGUACUGACCAUGAUGGGUGGGGGAGAGUAGGAUUCUACGCAGUAUUCUAGUACUUGUAGUAGGGGCGGUCGAUGCACCGCGUGAGAUUUGUGUGUUAAGAAAACUGGCCGCGAGGCGGAACGUACUACCGGUAUGUGUGUGCGGCGUUGGUGGCGCAUUGUACUUCUGCGGUGGUUACCGUCGGUUACCGUAGGCUACAGGUCGACUAGACUGGGCUAGGAGUAGGAGUAGGCGUAGGAGCUCUCGGUGUGCCGCGUGGUGGUGUGCUUGCGUUGGCAUUGACAGGACUCCCUGGCGCAUGAUGUCGGGAUGCGUGACCCUGUGUGCGUGAGGGUUGUGUGCAAUACCGGGGCGAGUCGGGGAUAACAGCUGCUCAGUCGUACCGCCGUACGGCAACCAUGUCGUACCGACCAUGUACGGUACUGCAUGUGAAUUGGCAUUCAUCGCUUCAUGCGCGUAUCCCUGUAUGUGAAGUGGGGGAAGCAGAUAGACCGUUAGCUGCCGCCUGGUCACACGGUGGCUCUUUGGGUCGUCGGAUGAUCGGCAGAAGGCGCUCGUGGAUAGCUAGCGGAAGAGGUACCGGUGUGUUGGGGGCACCGCGCUGUGCACCUGGUGGCUUGCUGCUGUGCUGGAGGAGGGGGCCGUGUCUGAAGGAGCGCUGCAACGAUGCCGCAUCCAUUUUGAUUGCACGUUAACCAUUAUAAUGCUCUACGUCCCAUGUGAGUGGACAUCAAUAUGUUGUCA